AUGGUGGUUGACGAGAAUGCGGACGACAAGAGUCCAAAGCAUAACCCUAACCAUGAUGCCGAACAUACGCCCCCCUUAAAGUGUCUUAGUCUCGGCGGCAGGCACAAUGUUUUCGGCAGGGCAGCUUUCAGGAGGACUGCAAGCCAAGAAUAUUGCUCGACGCUAAGGUACACAAGAAUAUAA